AUCAACAAUGGAAGAAAUGAAAUGAAACGUUCAGGUUUCAGGUGCAAUUAUCCAUUUAUAAACCUUUAUUAUCUAUAAUUUUACUAUAAUGAAUUGUGCCGAGAAUCUCAAGUUGGUGUUUUGUUAAGACUGCAGUAAAUCAAACUGAUAAUCCUAUCCCUUGUCGUCUGAAAGUUCCUGAGUUCUUCAUAGCGCCUCUAUUAACAAACGAAACGAUGGGUAAAUCCAGUGACAGUGAAGAGGAUCGCAAGGAGCGGGACAAAUUCGCAGAGCGUUUGAAAAAGCGAGAUAGAGAAAAAACUAAGAAUGUUGCCACUUCUUCUGAUAAGAAAACAUCUGAGGAAGCUGCCAAGCGCCUCAAAUUGGAUACAGGUGAUCGAGAUAAACAGUUUGAAAGGCUGAGAGUGGAAUCACGUCGAAAAUACUUAGAGAAGCGAGAACAAGACAAAGUUGCGGAAUUAGAAGCUGAUAUACGGGAUGAUGAAUAUCUUUUCAAAGAUUAUGAAUUGACCGAAAGAGAAAAGAAAAAUCGUGAAAUUCAGAGGAAGCUACUUGACCUGACUAAAGAACAUGGCAAGGCUCGUGAGUUGGAAAGGGUUCAAAGGUACCACAUGCCUCAAGACGCUAAAGAUGAAACUGAGGAGUACAAAGAAGUUGACGAGCGAGAGAAAAUGCCUCAUUAUGAACAGAGAAAAUGGGAAGAAGAGCAAAUGUCAUCGGCUACUUUCCGGUUUGGUGCGAAGAAAAAGGAGGCUCAAGAAGAAUAUGACUUGAUAAUCGAUAAUCAAAUCGAAUUUAUCCAAGCUCUCAGCCUUCCUGGCAAGAAACCUCCGAAAGAACCAGAGUUGUCAGAAAAAGAACGGAAAAAGCAGUCAAUAGCUGAAACGAAGAAAAGUUUACCUAUCUAUCCUUUUAAAGAAGAUCUCAUUCAAGCAAUACAUGACCAUCAAGUUUUAAUCAUAGAAGGAGAAACUGGCUCUGGUAAGACGACUCAAAUUCCUCAGUACCUUUACGAGGCUGGUUUCACCGAAGAUGAUAAAAAAAUAGGAUGCACCCAGCCCAGGAGAGUUGCUGCGAUGUCAGUAGCUGCACGUGUUGCGGAGGAGAUGAGUGUCAAACUAGGAACAGAAGUUGGAUAUAGUAUUCGUUUUGAAGAUUGCACGUCUCAAAGAACUGUCAUCAAGUACAUGACUGACGGUACCCUGCACAGAGAAUUCUUAUCGGAACCUGAUCUGGCAAGCUACAGCGUCAUGAUAAUUGAUGAAGCUCACGAGAGAACCUUGCAUACAGACAUUUUAUUUGGACUAGUGAAAGAUAUUGUUAGAUUUAGGUCAGAUCUUAAAUUGCUGAUCUCAAGUGCAACUCUAGAUGCAGAGAAAUUCUCUGGAUUUUUUGACGAUGCUCCGAUCUUUAGGAUACCCGGUCGUCGGUUUCCCGUGGAUAUUUUCUACACGAAAGCCCCGGAAGCUGAUUAUAUUGAUGCUUGUGUUGUCUCAAUUUUACAAAUUCAUGCAACUCAACCCUUAGGAGAUAUAUUAGUGUUCUUAACCGGUCAAGAAGAAAUCGAAACGUGUCAAGAAAUUUUACAAGAUAGAGUACGGAGGCUAGGUUCAAAAAUCAAAGAACUUGUUAUUCUCCCUGUCUAUGCCAAUUUACCAAGUGACAUGCAAGCAAAGAUAUUUUUACCAACCCCUCCGAAUGCAAGAAAAGUCGUUCUGGCCACCAACAUAGCAGAAACAUCUUUAACGAUAGAUAACAUUAUCUAUGUCAUAGAUCCAGGGUUCUGCAAACAGAACAGCUUUAAUUCAAGAACAGGAAUGGAGUCUUUAAUUGUGGUUCCAAUCUCCAAAGCAAGCGCUAACCAAAGAGCCGGGAGAGCUGGCAGAGUAGCAGCAGGAAAGUGCUUCCGACUGUACACAGCAUGGGCAUACAAACACGAAUUAGAGGAUAACACAGUUCCAGAAAUCCAGCGGAUAAAUUUAGGAAACGCUGUUCUAACUUUAAAAGCCUUAGGCAUCAAUGACCUAAUACAUUUCGACUUUUUAGACCCUCCUCCACAUGAAACCCUCGUUCUGGCUUUGGAACAGCUCUAUGCUCUUGGAGCGUUGAAUCAUCAUGGAGAGCUGACGAAACUUGGGCGGCGUAUGGCUGAGUUCCCUCUCGAUCCUAUGAUGGCUAAAAUGUUGUUAGCCUCUGAAAAGUACAAAUGCUCCAAUGAAAUAGUCUCAAUUGCAGGAAUGUUAAGCGUUAAUAGUGCAAUCUAUUACCGACCGAAAGAUAAAAUCAUUCAUGCAGAUACUGCAAGGAAAAACUUCUUUGUUCCUGGAGGUGACCAUUUGACGCUCCUCAAUGUAUAUAACCAGUGGGAAGCUAGCGAUUUCUCAACUCAGUGGUGUUAUGAAAAUUUCAUUCAAUACAGAUCAAUGAAAAGAGCACGAGACAUCCGGGAACAGCUUGUUGGAUUAAUGCAGCGAGUGGAAAUGGAGCUUGUCUCGAAUCCGUCAGAAACUGUUAAUAUCAGAAAGGCAAUCACUGCUGGUUAUUUCUACCAUAUCGCUAGGCUUUCUAAAGGUGGGCAUUAUAAGACUGUGAAACAUAAUCAAACUGUGAUAAUUCAUCCGAAUAGCUGUUUAUUCGAAUCCCUACCUCGCUGGGUUUUGUAUCAUGAACUUGUUUUCACGACCAAAGAAUUCAUGCGACAGGUGACAGAAAUUGAAAGCAAAUGGUUGUUAGAAGUGGCGCCACAUUACUAUCAGCCUCGAGAACUGGAAGAUUCAACAAACAAAAGGAUGCCUAAAGCUGUUGGGAAAUCUCGAGCUGAAUUGGGAGAACACUAG